UUUAUUUCUAGAAAAAACAAAUGGCGUUCUCUUUAGGAGCUUACGCCACUCCGUUAAUGUGCAAACUCGGCGCCGAUCUCGACGGGCACGCGCAGGACGCGGCGUUCGUGAGACGCGCCGCCGACUUAGCAGACAAAUCGGCAGGGUUCACCUCGCCGCACCCGAACUUCGGCUGCGUGAUCGCUACUUCCACCGGCAAGGUCGCGGGAGAGGGAUAUCUGUACGCGCAGGGGACGAAACCGGCCGAGGUGCUGGCCGUGGAAGCCGGAGGUGAGUGGUGUAGAAGCGCUACCGCGUAUCUCAACCUGGAGCCCGGAGAUUGCCACGGCGACCACACUGCGGUUUCAGCUCUCGUUCAAGCAGGAAUUACAAGAGUUGUUGUUGGGAUCAGGAAUCCUUUACAGCAUCUUAGAGGCAAUGCUGUACGUGCAUUAAGAAGUCAAGGGCUGCAGGUUCAUGUUCUUGGAGAGGAUUUACAAAGUAAAAUUAUAGAGGAAGCUCGAAAAUCAUGCCUACUUGUCAAUGCUCCUUUGAUCCAUAGAGCUACUUCACUAGUUCCCUUUUCUGUUCUCAAGUAUGCUAUGACCCUUGAUGGGAAAAUUGCUGCUAGUAGUGGGCAUGCAGCAUGGAUAAGCAGCAAAAAGUCUAGGGACCGAGUUUUUGAAUUGCGGGGUCGAAGUGAUGCCAUUGUAGUUGGUGGAAAUACUGUUCGUAGGGACAAUCCUCGGCUAACUGCAAGACAUGGAGGUGGGCAUAUGCCGAUGCGAAUUGUAUUGACGCAAUCUCUAAAUCUUCCUGAGAAAGCAAACCUUUGGGAUGUUUCCGAUGUAUCUACCAUAGUUGUAACACAAAGGGGAGCGAGGAGGGACUUUCAGAAAUUUCUUGCAUCUGAAGGAGUUGAAGUAGUGGAGUUUGACAUCUUGAAUCCUAGAGAUGUUAUGGAAUAUUUUCAUGACCGUGGGUAUCUUUCUAUUUUGUGGGAGUGUGGAGGAAAACUGGCUGCAUCUGCUAUCUCAUCUGGAGUAAUACACAAGGUUUUUGCUUUUGUUGCCCCCAAAAUUAUUGGAGGAAAAAAUGCACCAACUCCGGUGGGUGAGCUUGGGAUGGUUGAGAUGUCACAGGCAUUAGAUUUAACUGACGUUUGCUAUGAGCAGGUUGGACCUGACAUGCUCGUUAGUGGAUUUCUUCAGCCCGUACCAGACCUAACUCCUGUCAUCCCAUCUGUGGAUGAAACUUUUGCAAUUGAUCCUUCCGUCACUCCUUACGAAUCAAGCAUCAUAUCCUUCUACAAGACAUGGGAUCCUUAUGGUUCUUUUUCGAAUUUUUCUCCACAUCCAAUUCAAAUGCCAGAUAAUGGUGUUGAUUACGUCACUUGGUCAGGUGUAGAACAUUACUAUCAGGCGCAGAAGUUUGUUGGUGUGAAUGACCCUGCAGCACUAGAUUGUAUUGAAAAAAUAAAAGCUGUGAGAAGUCCAGAGGAAGCAGCAAGAAUAGGAAGGUGGAUGCAGAGGCACCGUCCUGAUCUGGUGAGAAGUGAUUGGGAAAGUGUGAAGAUAGAUGUUAUGUACAAGGCACUGAAAUGCAAAUUCUCAAUUUAUCCUCAUUUGAACUCCAUGCUUCUCUCAACUGCUGGCUCCAUUCUUGUUGAAGCUUCACCACAUGAUCUUUUCUGGGGUGGCGGCCGUGAGGGCGAAGGCCUAAACUAUCUGGGCAGGCUGCUGAUGCAGUUGAGAUCAGAGUUUCUCGGUGAGUUUUCUUCAUCGACCGAAGAAAUCAAUUGAUUAAUGACCGAUAUAAACAUCUUUCAUUGUUUUUUUGUUAUCGAAUAAUACUAUGUAUCUCAAGUUUGUAUCCCGAUUUUUAGAUCUCAGAUGAUUCUAGAUACGUAUGUCGGAUAUGUAAAACAUCAUUUCAUAAUCAAAAUUUUGUCGUAAUUUGUUC